CCAGAAUGUAAUCUACGGAUGCUUCGCCUCGCUUAUUUCCGGGCUGACUUUAUCAAGGCUGCAACGGCAUCCUUGGCUAAAACGAACUUCGUCCGCAGUUACUCCCAGCAGCUACGGCCAUACGAGCGCAAUGAGGUUCCGAGGUGGUGCUCAUUUGGCGAUAGCCUUGCACAUUCUACAGCUUAGCCAUGUCUUCGCGCUGGACUUGGAUCUUAACAGUCAGGAGUCGAUCAAAGAUGCCGGGGACACUGCUGCCUACAACAUGAUGACAUGGUACAAAUCGAACGAGACAGACAACCCUGGUUUUAUUAAACGAUCCUGGUGGACAGGCGCUGCGUUAUAUCUGGCGUGUCUCAACUAUUGGCAUGCUACCAACGACACAACGUAUAACGAAGAUGUCAGCGUCGGGUUGGAACAUCAGGCAGGUGAGGAUGGAAACUACAACCCCUCGUGGGUGCAGGGAGUCGGAAACGAUGACCAAAUGUUCUGGGGCCUUGCGGCGAUCACUGCAGCGGAAUAUAACUUCCCGAAUCGACCAAACGCCGACACCUGGCUCACCCUUGCCAUACGUGUUUUCAACGAUCAGAAGGAUACUGGACACGGUGGGUGGGAAGAGACGAUAUGCGGGGGAGGCGUUCGCUGGCAGAAGGAUGUCUGGCAAGGUGGAUAUACGAUGAAAAACUCGGUGUCGAACGGUGGUUUCUUUAUGCUCGCGGCGCGUAUCGCCUGGUUUACCCAACAGGACAAGUACGCCGAGUGGGCGGAGAAGGUGUGGGACUGGGCUACCGAUGUCAACCUGGUCAAUAAUAAAACCUGGGCAGUGGGAGAUAGUGUCAGUCAGGGCAAAGAUGGUGGCUGCAGCGGUCCGGACAACAUGCGGUGGACAUACAACUAUGGCACGUUUCUGUCCGGUGCUGCUUAUAUGUAUGCCUAUACAAACGAGAGUAAAUGGCUUGAUCGCACCAGUAACCUAGUGGACUCGUUGUUUACUACGUUCGUCCAACCUAAACACGGAGGAGUCAUCGCAGACCCCUGCGAGGCCACAGGCGUAUGCGAACAAGACGCGAACCGACCACUGUUCAAGGGCCUUACGGUGUCGUGGCUUUCCGAUACUGCACUGAUCAUCCCCUCGCUCAAAGACAAGAUACUGCCCAAACUCGAGGCCUCUGCACAGGGUGCCGCAAAGUCAUGCACCGGCGACGGCAAAAGCCUCUGUGGAAACCGCUGGUACGGCGGGAAUGACGGCCAGAAUUCAAUGGAGAAUGCAAUCACCGGCAGCCAGAUGAUGAGUGCUGUGAUGGUGAAAUAUAUGGGCAAUUCGUCGAAACCAGUCUCGGUAGCAACAGGAGGGAACGGCACCAGCGAUCCGGAUGCUGUCACUGGGCAAGACUCGGGGCCAAAAUUCCGGCCCAUCACAAUGGGAGAUCGAGCAGGAUCUGGAAUCCUGACGGUGCUCUGCGUGGCUGCUAUGAUAAGCGCGGUGGUCUUUCUGUUUAGUGACCCUGCACCUUAAUAACAUCCCACCGCGGGGAGAUGGGGUAGAUAAUGCUCUGUACGAAUUUCUUUAGAAAGGCUGGACCGAAUUUAUAAUGUGUAAAGUCCUGGUAUUGGAGAUAGAAAUAUAAUUUGCUCCGGGAUUGUACCCCUACAACCGCU